CUGGGUUGGUGCUGGCAACAGCACCCAAUCCGUGUCUUCUCGAAUGACCUGGGCCUCCGCUCUGCGAAGCUGUGUCGGAAACCUCCUCUCAAAGCAUGCCGAGUACUCCCUCUCUCUCCGACGGCCCAUGAAAAUUACGAAAAUACCCUGAUGCCUUGUCCUUGCUAUUUCCUGCUUUCUAUCUCAAGUAACUCUCUCUCCCAAACGCAAGAACAGAGCUGGUGCUGAUAGGAGCAUGAUUCUGCCUGUUGUGAAGCUUGGAACCUUAGCCUUGAAGACCAUAUGCAAACCAAUAGCUUCCAGACUCAAAAAAGAGGCUGGGCUCCACCCCAAAUUCCGCCGCUUGAUCAUCAACAUUGCCCAGGCAAACCACCGAUUCACCACAACCAUGCAAAGACGCCUUUAUGGUCAUGCAACUAAUGUUAAGAUCCAUCCUUUGAAUGAGGAAAAAGCUGUUCAAGCUGCUGCAGAUCUUAUUGGGGAACUUUUCGUCUUCUCGGUUGCAGGAGCUGCUGUUAUCUUUGAGGUUCAAAGAAGUUCUAGGUCUGAAGCUAGAAAGGAAGAACUACGAAAACAGGAGCUGGAGGCAAUAAAACAAAGAAAUGAGGAAUUAGCAAGAGAAGUAGAUCUUCUUAAGCACAAACUUGAAGAACUAGAGCACCUCGCCCAUGGACGAGGCCUUUUGGGCGUCCUCAACUUCAGGCAUCCCCCUGCAGCAGCUGAAGCUAGCAAGUAAACAAUGGUGGCUUGACAAGAUUUUGCGCAUUGGAUUCAAAUGGGUUGAACGCACCUCUGUGUGGAAGCCAAUUAAUUGGAAUCUGUCAUUCCACCAGGAAAUCUCAUUUUUCUCCCUCCCUUUUCUUUUACUUGUUUUGCUUGAUUUUGUUAUCUUGGCUCAUUGUUUUGGCUCCAUCAUUCCCAUUUGUAAAUGCAACUAGUGCUUGAAACUGAGCUAAUGACGGGUUUUGGUUCUCAUCCUUCAUCUGAAAAGACUGGAAUCAUCAAUAAAGAAAUGGUUGGAUAGAGAAAAUUGAUGUGUCAUUCAAAUGGAUGAGAGGAUGCUUGUUAUAUAGAGAACAUGGUCUGUAUAUUGUCGCCGUAGAAAUUCUCCUUGCAGUUGAAAUUUGUGUGGAAGCACAACUAACCGCAGUUGAUCAUCCAAAGAUGAUGUCGCACUGAUGGCAUGAAC